GCCGCGCCCCUGCGGCGGGCCCCCGCGGCCGUGCUGGGCCCGGACGGCCUGCCUCGCGCCCGGGCUGCCGGGCGCCGCCCGCGCAGCGAGCUCCUCGGCGGCGCCCCGAGCUGAGGAGGCAGCCCCCGCGGGCGCAGCCCCGAAGAGCCUGGAGGAGCGCGUGGGGGCGCUGGAGGAGGCCCAGAGGGCGUUGGAGGUCAGGAUCGCGGAGGUCGAGAAGCUGGCCAAGCGCAAGGGCAUGUGGCAGAUGGUCAUGCAAUACGGACUUGGGCAGGUCUGGGGUAGCUCUUUGUUCGGGAUCUACAUGCUGCUCGAGAUGGAGGUGGUGUCUUGGCAAGAUUCGCUACUGCCUCUGUUGGAGCGGGCCGGCAUGGAGGGCUACGCGGAGCGGGUGGACCCCACCAUGGGCAACCUUAUAAUCGCGUUCAUCGUGAACGAGUGCGUGGAGCCCAUCCGGUUCCCGUUCGUGAUAGCUACAGGAGCGCCCGUCGUCAACGCCUUCCGUCGCCUGCGACAGGGCAAGGCAGGGCCGGGGUCAGCACAGAGUAAGGGGAUGGAGGAAACCGAUUGCGGCCAAGAGCGAAGGGGGAUGAAGACUAGGGGGGGUGGAUAUCAUGGCCAUGGCCAUGAGGUCUCCCUGGGUCUCAUUGAACCCUCGUUCGAGCAUUUGCAUCGGGCCAUGAUUUGCGAGCCCCUUUUUCGGGCUCCCCCGUGGAAAGGCGUCCGUUGCCUCCUUCAUUCCGUUCCGAUCGAAGUUGUGAGCACGUUGUUGCAGUUCGUAGUGCAUCGCCGCUUUCUCGGCCGCGCGUCGUUUCACAUACCUCCCUGUCUCAUGUCGGGUGGCUGCGUUGCACUCGUUUUGCUCAGCUCGGGGCUCGAUGAGUCUGUCGUUUCCGUGAUGCGACCCUAUUCCAUUUUGGAUAUGUUUUGUGUUUGCUCCGUUUUCGGGUUCCAAGGCCGUGGGAUGUUCAACAACAUGGGUCGUGAUGGAAAGCUGAUCUUGGAGGAAGCCGCAGGGGCCAGGAACCGUUUCAUGCAGGAUUUGUCUCCUUCAUGCCAAUUGGGAGGGGGGGGCACCUUCGGCGGCUGAAGGCGGCUCUCGGCAGUCAUCGGCGGCCUUCGGCGAUUGGGGGGCCCGCGGAAAUCUGGAGGUGACAGAGGACGAGUAAUCCCAGACUUCCAGCGCCACGACAGGUUCCGAUUUUGUCCGCUUUGGGAAGCCUAGUUCGGGCCGUGGAAACGCCAGAAACGACCGGGAAUUAAAAAACGGAGCCCAGGGACAGGAUCGAUGGUGUUGGGGGUUGGGGACCA